AUGGAAGGGCCAAAGCGCAUCUCGUGGAAUCUGAAGGGCCGUAGUGCGGUGGCCGCUCUCGACCCCGCCACCCGUCACCGCAUCACGCAAUCUCACACGAUGGCCGCCUGUUUGCACAGGCCGCUGCUGGCGACGCUCGAGGCUAUCAUAGCCGUGAAGUAUGUGGGGGGCCUGAGUGGUCCCUUGCAAAAACCGGAGCCGUUUAUCUGCCUCAUCACGCGGCUGCUGCAGAUCACACCGGAACCAUCAAUUGUAUUGGCAAUGCUGCACCAAGAUGUGCACAAGUACCUGCGCGUGGCGGCGCUGUUUGUGAUUCGCCUCAUCGGCAAUGAGGCCAUGGUGCGCGAGGCGCUUCGGGUCGGGUGGGACGAUUACAGAAAGAUUCGCGUCUACGGUUCUGCAGCAGAUUGGGCGAGUCCGCAAGCCAACAUUGAAGCCGCUGCAGAGAAGGAAGAGGGCGGUGGCGUGAGUGCGCCGUCGUACAAUAUUAUGUGCGUUGACGAGAUCACAGAUCGCCUCUUCAAGGUUGGGGAGGACAAGGACAACGCGAAUGAGGGAAGUGGCCAUGUCUGGUUAGGCGUACACUUUUCGCCGCUUCUGUUGUAG